CACCAUCGUCAGUAGAUGGCACCAUACAACUCUUUGUGUAACGGGGUCCACGAUCCUGAACUCGCACGGGAUGAUCGCGCAAACUAUCGGGCGCAGUGGGUGCUGGACAUCGACGCGUAUGGUCGUCAACGUCAUCUUGCUCGUCGACUUCGCCGCCAUCCCUUCUCACUGCGCGUACACUGAACCUCAGACCCACGGAAGCUCGCAUUACUGUGGGAACGCAAAUCACACAAAAGGAAACCCGCAUAGGCUUGCGGCCGGACAUAUCUGGCGGAUCACCGUGAGUCUCCAGCUCGAUGCUCUCGACGCGUAGCUGCUACACUUCCGUCAGGGAGCAUAAGCUCCACUUUCGUAUGAUACGACUGUGCGAGGGACCCGAUGAUGU